AUGUCCAAAGAGAUAAAGGCUAAUUCAACGAUUGACGUAACCGCUCAGUCGUCAGAUAUCGAAUCCUUGAACUUUUCAGGGUACUCCAAGGAGGAUAUUGAUGAUGCAAAUGAAAUAUUCCAUCAUGAGAACCGUCUCAGUUCCAAGUUGAAUGCGAGGUUGAUUUCCAUGAUUGCAUUGGUUGCAGUUAUUGGUACAGGAUUGUUUCUUUCAAGUGGUGGUACAUUGCAUACCACCGGGCCCGUUGGUAUGCUUAUAAGUUACAUAUUUGUUGGCACGGUUGUUGCUGCGUCGCAAAUCUGUAUUGCUGAAGUGAGUUGCUUGUACCCAGCUACAUCUUCAUUUGUUGCCCAUGCAGAGCACUUUAUUGAUAAAUCUUUGGGAUUUUCUAUGGGUGUGAUUGACAUUUAUUCAGCCGUGAUUCCCAGUGAACUUGCUGCUGUUUCCGUUAUUAUGACGUAUUGGUCCGACAUUAACCCAGCAUUAUGGAUUUCCAUUUUUGGAGUGGUGAUCGUUGCCAUAAACUGCUACAAUGUCAAGUGGUAUGGUGAAGUGGAAUUUGCUUUUGGAAUGUUGAAAAUUUUGCUUUGUCUUGGACUUAUCUUGACUGGAUUAAUAAUAGAUCUAGGAGGUGUUCCAGGUCAGCAAAGACUUGGAUUUCAUUAUUGGAAGCAUCCUGGUCCAUUUGCUGCAAAGUAUGCGUCUGGAUCUUUAGGCAAAUUCUUGGGGUUCUGGAAAUCAGUCAAUUCAGUGGUGUAUGCUUUUGGUAGUAUUCAAUCGAUCUCAAUGUUGGCAGGAGAGACCGAGUACCCAAGGAGAGCCAUCUACAGGGCUGCCAAGAGAGUGUUUUACCGUGUUUUUACAUUGUACAUCUUAAUGGUGUUCAUUUUGUCGAUGAUUGUGCCUUAUGACGAUCCAGUAAUUGCUAAACCAAGUGGUACAGCGUCUGCUUCUCCAUGGGUGAGAGCCAUUUCAUUAGCUGGUAUCAAAGUGUUACCGCAUAUCAUUAAUGCUGUGGUGUUGACAUCGGCAUUGUCUGCGGCCAACUUAGGUAUCAUCAAAGCCAGCAGGACAUUAUAUGCACUAGCUUCAAAGAAACAGUUGCCAAAGGUGUUUUUAAAGGUGAACAAACAUGGUUUACCUUAUGUUGGAGUAACAUUUGCGUCCUGCUUUUUACCAUUGGCCUAUCUCAGUGUCAGCAAUACAUCAGCAAGCGUGUUUAGUUGGUUUCAAAACAUUUCAUCCUCGGCGAUAUUAUACAACUGGAUCGUGAUUGCCGUAAACCACAUUGCAAUGCAUCGUGCACUAAAAAGGCAAGGUUUUUCACGAAACAACCUACCAUACACAUUUUAUGGUGGACGCUACGCCGGUUUCUAUUCGUUGUUCUUCUCCAUCAUUUUCUUGUUGACAGGAGGUUUCCCAGUUUUUAUUCACGGGUAUUGGGAUUUUGCCACUUUUUUCAGUGCCUACUUUGUGAUUCCAUUGGGUUUGGUGUUAUUUGUGUUUGCAAAGUUAUUCUUCAAAACCGAAUACAUUAGACCUAGUGAAGUGAAAUUGAAGCCGUUGUUCUACGACGUUCAAAACAGACCAGAGCCUAAUUUUACCAAAUUGAGAGGAUGGAGGUGGUUGACUUUGUUAUGGGGGUAG